AUGUCUUUCCAUGUUAGAUCAAACAGUUUUCCAUCUAAAUCUCAUCCAGAAAUAGCCAAUGUUGAAGACCAUAUCUGCAGGCUAAGGUCCUCAGAAGAAGCAUCCUUUUCAGCUUCUUCCAUAUGCACACAAAUGGCCAGCCUCAGAGAUGUACAUGAAGUUAUUAAUAAUUUGAUUCAGCCUCCAUCUGUCCAACAAACCUUCAUGGAUCAGGCCAAUGAGUUGAUUGAUGGAUCUCUUGAGCUUGUUGACAUAUGUGGAAUUGCUCGAGAUGUUAUAUUAUUGAUGAAGGAAUCUAUUGAAGAACUCGAAUCAUCUUUGAGAAGAAAUAGAGGCAUUGAUACAUAUGUGAAUUCAAGGAAAAAAAUCGAGAAAAUGGUUAAAAAGUGCAUAAAAAAUCUGAAGACUUUCGACCAAUGUUCUACAACUUUCUUAAACAAAGACAACAAUCUUGCAAGCAUGCUAAAAGAAGCAUUGGCCAUUGGCUUCUCUGUCCUCAAGUCAACAUUGACAAUUUUUGCAUCAAAGCAAAAGGCUUGGUCACUGGUUUCCAUGUUUAGUCGAUCAAGCCGUGUACAUUUACAUACAGAAGAAGGAUUGUAUGCCUUGAACAUCAACAAGUUGAGAAAAGACAUGGACACAUUAUCUGCGCAAAGUGUCAUGAUGCAGUUAAAAGAAUCAGAAAUGAUCUUUCAGGAACUUGAAGAGAACUUGGAAGCCUUCUUUAGGAGUCUAGUUAAAACUAGAGUUUCUCUUCUUAAUGUCCUCAAUCAUUAG